CUACCAUUUGUCAGAUGAUCCUGUUUUAAAUAACGUGUGCUAAUUAAUUUACUUGAUUAUGCCGGCAUGUUAAUUUGAUCUUAAUUUGCCGGUUUGUUAUCUGGUUGUCAGUUUAGUCUCCGCUGCUAACUUUGCGACAUAACGUUAGCUAGCAUAGGAAGCUAGCCUUUAAAUUAGCUAAUUAGGACGCCAUGGAAGGUCAGUUUAUAUUCAGCUAAUAACAAGAUUUUAACGGUAUACUUUGCACGUCAGCUUUUAUUGUAGCUUCGUGCUUAAAACUGGUUGGGACAACACUCAAAACAAGAUGGCAGUGGAGCUGGAUGUGUUCGUGGGUAACACCACAAUCAUGGAUGAAGAGGUGUACCAGCUCUGGUUGGAUGGAUACACAGUGAAUGAUGCGGUGAAGGUACGAAUGGAAGGAGGAGUGAUGGAGGAGUGUGAGGCGAGUGCAGAUGUUCUGCUGAGCGACACUAUGGACCAGUACAGGACUUUCCAGAUGUGUGAGCGUCUGCUGCACAGUCCAGCCAAACUAGCCAACCAGCUACUGUUCCAGAUCCCUCCUCAUCGACAAGUCAUCCUCAUAGAGAGAUACUAUACAUUUGAUGAUUCAUUUGUCCGUGAGGUCCUGGGAAAGAAACUCUCUAAAGGAACCAAGAAAGAUUUGGACGAUAUCAGUGCCAAGACAGGUGUGACACUGAAGAGCUGCAGACGGCAGUUUGACAACUUCAAACGUGUUUUCAAAGUUGUGGAAGAGUUGAAGGGACCCCUGGUGGAGAACAUACGACAGCAUUUUCUUCUCUCUGACAAGCUUGCAAGGGAUUAUGCUGCCAUUGUAUUCUUUGCCAACAAUCGCUUUGAGACGGGGAAAAGAAAGCUGCAAUAUCUCACUUUCCAGGACUUUGCUUUCUGUGCUGGGCAGCUUAUCAACAACUGGACUGUCGGGGCUGUUGAUAACAUGGUGGAAGACAUGGAUGUGGAUCUUGAUAAAGAGUUUUUACAAGAGCUGAAAGAACUGAAGGUUUUAAUCAAUGACAAAGAUCUGCUGGAUCAACACAAAAGUCUGGUCUGUACUGCUCUAAGAGGAAAGACUAAAGCUUUUACUGAGAUGGAGGCUAAUUUCAAGAAUCUUUCAAGAGGUCUUGUCAACAUCGCUGCAAAGUUAACCAACACAAAAGAUGUCAGGGAUUUCUUCAUUGACCUUGUGGAGAAGUUUAUUGAGCCGUGUCGUUCAGACCGAUGGACAGCUGCGGACAUGAGACUCUACCUCACUCACUACACCAACUCUGCACACAUACUCGACACAUUCAAUUUGCUCUCCGUCUGUCUCUCUGUUUUCUGGCCCUCAGACAUCAGGCUGUGUGGGACAGAUACAUGGGCGUCAUCAAAAGCUGUAUCUUCAAAAUGUAUCAUGACUGAAGCUUUUUCUUUGCGCCGUUUCUUCCCCUGUUUUCUUUUCUGUCUUUUCCACCCCGCUGAAGCCUUUCUCUUAGCUCCUCCGUUUGUGCUUUCUCUGUUUCGUUUAAUCAGCGGUGAUGAAUUCUGCUUGUUGAGCCCCAUUAUCGCUUUCAGCCUCCCUGUUUGCAACCCUAGUGGCCCCGAAGUGUCUGUAAAUCCGGUUUGUAAAUAAAAUGAACACAUUUACAUCAAAA